AUGGCUAAGGCCAAGUUUGACGUUCAAGACUGGCAGAAACUUGACUUGGACGAACUCGAAGAAGUGGAGAGAAUUCUUGAAGAGGACUUUAGGUCGAGUUCUGAUAGCGAGUUUGAUGAAUUUGCUCCUCCCGAAGAUGACGACUAUUACGAUUGCGUCGUUUGCAACAAGCAGUUUAAAACAAAGCGGCAGUUUGAGAUGCACGAGCUGUCUAACAAGCAUAAAAAGGCGGUGAAACGACUUAAGUGGAGCAUGAGAAAGGAGGGUAUAGAGCUUGGAAUCGAUAAAAUGGACGGAGAAACCAGCCAAGAAAGUGACGAGUUUACCACAGCGAGCGAGGACGAAGAGAAAGAAGAUCUGAAAGAAGAUCUGAAAGAAGCUGGAGAUCUGAAAGAAUUUGAUUCGGUUGACAAUAAUAAGCCGGACUAUGAAGUGGACAAUGAAGUCGACAGUGAUAUAGACACAGAUCUUGCUAAGUUGGCCCAAUCUGUUGAAAAUGGUCUCAAAGUCAACUUUGAUAGCGACGACGACUGGGGAACAAAGCCGAAAAAAAAGAAGAAGGAAAAAAAGAUAACUACCCAAACUUCUUCCAACUCUUCACUGGAAGUGUGCACGGUUUGUAAUGAGUCGUUUCCCUCUCGAAAUAAGCUAUUCCAGCAUGUUAAUUCCACUGGACAUGCCCUUGCUCCUCCAAAGAGAAAGAAGAACAAGAAGCGUAAGUAG